CCUCUGAUGGAUGCAGGAUUUACAGCCUUCGCCACUUCGAAGGGCUCACAGGAAUCCAUUUUUCUUCAAAAUACAAUUAUCCAACAGAAAAUAACAUCACAGUAGCUUUAGGUUUAUUCGUGGGAGAACCUUUAGAGAGCAAAACUGGCGCUGUUGUUGGAGUGGAUGAUGAACGGGCACGCAAUUUUAUACACCGGGGUCACUUUGGCCUUCUGGACGACCAUCCUGAUUGUUGGUACUUGCUAUACGAUAUUUGAUCUUGGAUUUCGAUUUGAUAUAGCAUGGUUUUUAACAGAGACUUCUCCAUUUAUGUGGGCUAAUCUUGGAAUUGGCCUGGCCAUCUCUCUGUCUGUUGUUGGAGCUGCAUGGGGGAUUUACAUCACUGGGUCCAGCAUUAUUGGUGGCGGAGUCAAAGCCCCUAGAAUCAAGACCAAAAAUCUUGUCAGCAUUAUCUUUUGUGAAGCUGUUGCCAUUUAUGGGAUCAUCAUGGCAAUUGUCAUUAGCAAUUUGGCAGAGAACUUCAGUGGCACGACUCCAGAAACUAUUGGGGCAAGGAACUACCAAGCAGGCUACUCCAUGUUUGGUGCUGGACUCACUGUUGGCUUUUCAAACCUCUUCUGUGGCAUCUGUGUUGGCAUCGUGGGCAGUGGAGCUGCCCUGGCUGAUGCUCAGAAUGCCAGCCUCUUUGUCAAGAUCCUCAUUGUUGAAAUUUUCGGCAGUGCCAUUGGACUGUUUGGAGUGAUCGUAGCCAUCUUGCAGACAUCGAAAGUAAAAAUGGGAGAUUAGAAGACUACACGACCUACAGAUCAAAGACGCUGUGUUGCUGGUGCAAACAGGAGGUGUAAAUACAUAGUAAAUUAUUUAAAUGUAUUUUCCUUUGUCUGUUUUUAACCAUCAUUUUCUGAAGAUUGAAUUAUUGUAUGUGCACCAAUUUGUCUUAAAAGAGUGCAUGAUGAUGUCAAAGGCAGAUCUUUGACGACUCACUUAGUUUGACAUCUCAUAAUACUGAAAAUGAAAUAUCACUUAAUGUUUUUGGCCAUACCUCCACGAUGUCAUAAUAUCAAAUUUAAACAUUAGAAAUUUUAUUUUAAUUAAGAGGUAUUUUAUUUAUUAAAAUAGCCUAAUCAUAUAAACGAUGACCCUGGAGACAGAAAAGACAGUCAAUAGACCCAAUGUUCUGGUCUCUUGACACACAGGGUGUUAUGUUUGUAAUCAUCUCAAAUUUCAAUAUAUAAUUCGUUGUGAUUGUUCUGUACAGUACAAGAAAAGUGAUCAAUUGCAUUAGUGUGGUUCUUUGCGUUGGAUGGCUGUAAAUCGUAAAGUAUUCUCUUGAUCGCUGAAUGCAAGAAUAUUCUUGUAUUUGCGUGAUGACACCUGGUGUAUCCAGUGUGCUUGACCUGAUCUCACUCUCAUGUGUUGUGUUUUCAUGUUGCUACCAUGUUGAAUUCAAGUAAACAAUAUCUUUGAGAAAACAGUUAUACCAAAACUAUGUUAAAAAAGAAAAGAAAAAAGAAAACCAGUCUCCAAUUGUAUUUCUACCGGUGUGGUCCCUCACUUUGUAGGGCUAUCUUCAGUUCAACGAAGUUAAAAAUAAGAGGAUAUAAUAAUAAUCUGAUGCGUGUACAUAUUUAAUGCAGCUGUUUAUUUUUGUG